UGUUGAUGCUAAGAACCUGACACAUCAAGUUUCAUACUUUGAGAGGCGAAAUUAUCCUAGGAAGAUCUGUUGUAUCCUUGCACGCCUCGGAUAUUUUUGUUCUUAUUUUCGUACUCCGAGGCCUCAGAUAUUUGACUUCUCCAAACACUCUCUACUACAAACUCUCCAUCUUGAUGAUGAUGACCUCCUUAUACGGCAGCCUUGUUCCUUUCCUCCUCCUCACAGCACUGACGAUGGCGGCUGUGAGCGAUAGCCGGAGGAGCUUCGGAGAAAUUGUGUCGAAGUCGGGUGGUGAUUAUGGUGCUAGUAAGGGCACUCAAUGGGCUGUUUUAGUCGCCGGAUCCAAAGGUUAUUAUAACUACAGGCACCAGGCUGAUGUGUGCCAUGCCUACCAAAUCCUCAAGGCAAAUGGCUUGAAAGAUGAGAACAUUAUCGUCUUCAUGUACGACGACAUCGCCAAUAGCACGUUUAAUCCCACCAAGGGUAUCAUCAUCAACAAACCCAAAGGCCCCGAUGUCUACCAUGGAGUUCCCAAGGAUUACACUGGUAAUGAGACCACAGCAGCCAACUUGUAUGCAGUCCUUCUUGGGAACAAGACGGCCCUCAGCGGGGGCAGCGGCAAGGUUUUGAAGAGCGGCCCGAACGACCACGUCUUGUUCUAUUACUCCGACCAUGGGACCACGGGACUACUGUGCAUGCCUGUGGGGGACUAUAUAUACGCAAACGACUUUAUGGAGGUGCUGAAGCAAAUGCAUAAGUUGAAGAAGUACAUGAACAUGUUGAUAUACAUAGAGGCGUGUGAGGCGGGAAGCAUAUUUCAAGGGUUGCUCCCCAACGACAUAGGGAUCUAUGCGACCACCGCGUCCAACGCCGAGGAGAGCAGCUGGGCCUACUACUGCCCUGGACACCCUGGCGUUGAUCGCAAGUAUGACACUUGUUUGGGAGAUCUCUACAGCAUCGCUUGGAUGGAGGACAGUGAGGCCCACGAUUUGGGGAAGGAAACAUUACAGGAGCAAUACUUAGUGGUGAAGAAGAGGACCAAUCUGUCCCAUGUGAUGCAACAUGGGAACACACUUCUCAGCAAGGCCUUCCUCUCCACUUACAUGGGCCUAUACUCCAAGAAAGUCUCUUCCGUUUCCUUGGACGAGCUUUCUUCUUCAAAUUCCCUGGCCAUUCCCCAACGGGAUGCUGAUUUGGUCUUUUUCCAACGCCAGGUGCAAAAAGCUCCAAAAGGGUCUGCUGAGAGUGUGGUCGCACAGAAGAGACUGGACGAACAAAUUGCUCACCGAUCGAAUGUUGACCGCAGCAUCAACCAAAUUGUCAACCAAAUCGUCCACCAACUGUUUGGUGACUCCAGUACUGCAAGCAUGUUGACUGAUGUUCGAACUGGAGACCAACCUGUUGUUGAUGACUGGGACUGCCUUAAGGCAUUUGUAAGGGCUUACAAACAAUAUUGUGGACAUAUGAGCGAGUACGGGAUGCAAUACACAAGAGCCAUGGCAAACAUGUGCAACGCCGGAGUAGACAGGGACAGUAUGGUGGCAGCUUCUAUUCAAGCUUGUUCUGGGAAAGCAGAGUAA